GAAUACACUUUCCUACUAUUACUACUAGCCCAAGCUCUGAACACAUCAAUCAUGGAACCAAUGUUGAGAUCUCUCCUCUUUCUCUCCGCCAUUUUCUUCUUCUUCGUUUCAGUGGAGGUAUCGGCGACGACAAUGACGUUGUACAACAAGUGUAGGCACCCGGUUUGGCCGGGGAUUCAACCGGGGGCCGGGAAGCCGGUGUUGGCCCGGGGAGGCUUCAAGCUGCCGCCGAACAAGGCGUAUACUCUCCGCCUCCCGGCGGGGUGGUCCGGCCGCGUGUGGGGCCGCCACGGCUGCUCCUUCGACGCCUCCGGCCGCGGCCGCUGCGCCACCGGGGACUGCGGCGGCGCCCUCUUCUGCAAUGGCAUUGGCGGCACCCCUCCGGCCACUCUCGCCGAGAUCACUCUCGGAAAUGACCAGGAUUUCUAUGACGUCAGCCUCGUCGACGGCUACAAUCUCGCCAUCUCCAUCACUCCCUUCCGCGGCACCGGGAAAUGCAGCUAUGCAGGGUGUGUGAGUGAUCUGAACACCAUUUGCCCGGUGGGGCUGCAGGUGAGGUCUCAUGACAACCGUAGCGUGGUGGCCUGCAAGAGCGCCUGCUCGGCCUUCAACUCCCCGAGAUAUUGCUGCACCGGGAGCUUUGGCAGCCCGAACUCCUGCAAGCCCACGGCCUACUCGAGGAUCUUCAAGACCGCUUGCCCAAAGGCCUACUCUUAUGCUUAUGAUGAUCCCACUAGCAUUGCAACUUGCACAAGGGGCAGCUAUUUGGUCACUUUCUGUCCUCACCAUUAGUAUUCCAUCACUACUACUGUUAUUUAUUAUCAUCAAUAGUGGUGCUUCAUCAGUGCUAGUAGCAUAAUAUAUAUACUCUCUUAUUUGGUCUUUUCUCAUCUAUUUUAUUGCUAAACCUAGACUAGAUCCAAUGUCUAUUCCCAGAAAUGUUUGCUCUAUUAUUAACAUUAUCAAUGCUGGAUGUCACUUAGUACUUGUUCCUUGUUGACUAUUUAUUAUGCUCAGUAGUUCUGUUGUUUUGUUUUUCAUC